CCCAGAAGCCCCUGGCCCAAACAUCACUCACAGCAAUUUUUGUUUUAUUUAUUUUUGUUGCUUGGAAUGUUUGAAAAUUAGUGGCUCAAAUUCAGAUCCCUUGGAAAUUAUGCUAUGGCGAGAGCACCUGGAGUUAAGGAAAAACUGAACAUAAUUGUUGGCGGCGGCAUUUGUGAUGUCUAUCGCGAUGGCUUCAAUUUCGGAUCCUUUUCCUUCUGGAGUGGCCUUAUCGCAUUGGCUGCCUUUUGCUGUUUUCUGGCCUAUUUCCAUAUGAACAGAGAUCGAAUAAAUCAAAUGGGAUGAACGCCAUAGAUUGGAAAUAAAACUUGUACGGAUAGGGAGAUCAAUAAAAUGAUAUUUGAGCCGGUA